GUCGGUUCGAUCCGUAAAAACUUUUCGCCAGUCGUUUGUUUUUUAGUAUUCCAGCGGGCCGCCAGUGAUUUCGGGAACCCGUACUUCUUACACGAACAGCGCGCAUUUUUUCUUUUUAUAUUCAGUGUUUUUUAAUCGUUCGAUCUAAUGUAUCGAGCGGAGUGAACUAUAGACACGAACAUCGGUGAUCGAACUUUCACCCAAAGUGUUGUUCCAAGGAUACCAGCAGCUUGUUGUGCUAUUCAGGAUUAUCGUUCUUGGACUCGAUCGUUGCAAUUCUGAGUAAAAAGAUUGCAACGUGCUUGAACGAUGCAUCUACCGGAAGGACCGUUGGCAAUUGACAGCGAGACUCUACAGUCCCGUGAUUUGGUGCAGACCGGAAGUCCCGCCAUCCUUUGCAGCGCGUUGCCAUCGCACUGGAGGUCGAACAAGGCGCUUCCUGUGGCUUUCAAGGUCGUCGCCCUCGACGAGGUCAGCGACGGCACCGUCGUCACCAUCCGAGCCGGAAACGACGAGAACUGCUGCGGCGAAUUGAAGAACUGUACGGCGGUCAUGAAGAAUCAAGUCGCCAAGUUCAACGAUCUGCGAUUCGUUGGCCGCAGUGGUAGAGGAAAGUUGUUCUCGCUGACCAUCCAGAUCAACGCCAUACCUCUGCAAGUAGCUACCUACACCAAGGCCAUCAAGGUUACAGUGGACGGCCCAAGAGAACCGAGGUCCAAGUCGAAUUAUCACUAUGGACACGGAUUCCCUGGACUGAGAUUGCUCAACAACCCCUGGGGAGACGUUGCGUACCUUGGUUCUGCGUGGCAUCUUCGUUAUCCUGGUUUCGUCGAAGGAUCCAUUCUCAUGCCACCGACGGAUUUGUUCCCGGCGACGUUCCCUCAAACGGUUCUGCCUUCGUACCCGUUCGAGCCGGUGAAAUACCCGACGGAAUUCGCGACCCUGUCUCCAAAAACCACCACGACCAGCAGCACGCCGGCAACCAUACCGAACAGUCCGUCGAGGACACCCCCGAAGAGUCCCAGCGAGUUUGGAAGCGAAUCGAACUCGGACGAGAUCCGCAGCGCGUUCGUGCCCAUCAGAUUGAACACCCUGCCGCCCACCACGUCGGUGAUCACCGCGUCCUCCUCGUCACCGGAGAGAAUCGUGCCGAAAAAACCCGUCGAGGGCACGAGGAACAAAUUGAAGAUGCCAGUGUCGCCGAACAGAACUCCAUCGCCGACCAAGAUCUCGUCGCCGCUGCCGGCCAAAGCGGUUUGGAGGCCUUAUUAAAACGACAGGGUGAGGAGCGCUCGGUGAAACGAGGAUACAAUUCUCGCUGGAAGGCUAGUGAUUUCUUAGACGUUGUCGGUGGAUUGUAUAGUCUCCGUGUCCGGUGGAGAGGUUGGCCGACGUUAAACGGAGGCAACAGAGGACGAGUUCUCUUCGUUGAUUUCGUCCGUGUCGUUUCAAUGGCAGGAAUGAACGACAACGACAGGUCGUUCUCGGUUUUACGAGGACGAUUUCUAAACCAUGGUUACCUGAUACGAUUUCGUACAGUAACUUCGCGACGAUCGAUCGUUCGCUGGUCAUGUUCGAUCGCUCGAUCCGUGUGUACAUUCGCGUACGGUUAAUUAUUGUAAAUAUAGAUGGACAGUUUGUAUAUAUACGUGUAGAUAGUUCGUGGACAAUAAUAUAGAGAAGAAAGAUAUUAUAUGUACACUUCGUUGUGUAUAGGAACGAGUGUGUGUGCGUGUGCGUAUGUUCGAGUAAAGAGAGAUUAAAAGACAGAGAUAUUGAUAUUAUUUAUAAGCCAGAGAUCUAAUUUAAUGUAUAAACACAGAUGUUAUUAUAUAGAUACGCAACGAGACGAAUA